UACCUCUCCCGUGAACCCUGGAGAUAGUAGUCAGUUCGUAUCCAACUCCCUCAUGGAACCUUCCCGUCGACGUCAGCAUCAUAGUUGUGAUCAGUGCCGGAAAGGCAAGAGGGCUUGUGACUCGCCGAUAAUCAGGGAUAGUGGCUUCAGUUCUUGCUCCAACUGCAAGAGAUGGAAGAAGAGAUGCACGUUUGAUUGGCUUUCCUUGAAGAAAACAGAGCCAAAGAAACAUCGGAGGACGAAGGAAGCUAGGAGUACGAGCAGCCCACAAGAGCACGAUGAAGUUACUUCCCUCCCGCAAGAGAAUCUUGACAACCUGGGAGCUGGAAUCACACCUACUGAACCCUCGGAUUUACCCUUACCAUGGCCUUUGACACAGACAGGUGCAGUUGCCGAACUGUUACUGGGAAGCGACCCUGAUGGCGACCAAUUCGGUAUAUCUGCACAGAAUCCGAACACGCUAGAUACUUUACAGAGUCACGGUGGGAUCCAAGACUUUGGAGAGUCCCUAUGGAGGCUGGAUGACAAGCAAAGUCUUUCCAAUUUGCUACCUGCUUGCUGGAGCAACGCUACGGAAAUGUGUCAAAUACUCGAAGAACACAGCCCCGGACUGACGGAAUCACACCCCUCUUCUGCUGGGUCCCCCGAGAUUCUGGACCGGAAUAACGGUCUCUUUCAGUCUCCCUCGGAACCAAAACAGGCAUAUAUGCCACGGUCGAGCAACCAAAUCGAUUUCUGCAUCCUUUCGGAUAAGACGGCAGAUAAAUAUGUGCGGUUGACGAUGACGCAGAAUUUGAUCCGCAUAUACCACGACAGCAUGGAGAAUGCAUUGUCUUGCUGGUUGACAGAGCGGAACUGUCCUUACAGCAACCUGGCGAGCCACUUGCUCUCCGGCGAGAGGAACGAAUGGGGCCCAAAUUGGACAAACAGGAUAUACGACCGAGUCUGUCAGUUGGAUCGUGCGUCCUCGUCUUUACGAAGUCGAAGUUUAAGCAUUACGGAAAACAUGACUGCCGCCCGAGUUCUUCAUGUAUCAAUUAUGGCGUUUGCUUCUCAGUGGGCCCAGCAUUCUCAAGAACCGAGCGAUGACUCUCUAUUGGCGCCCAUCGCACCUAGUGAGCGUUCUAUGCGAGAAAGCCUUUGGAACCAAGCUCGCCAUGCGUUGGAAAAGGCAGCUGGGAUUCCAUCUUUUCGAAUUAUCUUUGCGAAUAUUUUAUUCUUCUUCACCCAGCGUCCGCUGGACAAUAGGCAAGAUAUAGAGCUGGACGAGCUACUUGAUAAUGACUGUGCACCUCUGUUUCUUGAAAAGGCCCUCCGGCAACUCGUCACUUUUCGAUACAAGGUAACUCGGCUUCAACGUACCUUGGAAAACCGCAAUACCCCUGCAAGAGACUUGACACAGGGGAGGCUCGUUGACCGGUCCGAUGUCCAAUACGCAGGGGAAACCCCUCCUGAACCUCCGCGGGCGAACCCAAUUCUUGUCAGUUAUGAGUCUAGCCAUACUUUCAACCUCCUAUUCUGGUUGGGGGUUAUGCUCGAUACUCAGGCUGCCGUCAUGUACCAGCGUCCCCUGGUGAUCUCGGAUAGCGACAGCCAAAUUACCUCUGUCUCACCGCGUAUGUUUCAUAUGGCCGCCGACGACGAGAGCCGUGUUGACCUAGACGGAUGGAAUAUUCAACCAAACGGAACACCCCCGGAAACGCGGGAUCUAUGGGGCGACCUAUUCCUUCAUAGAUCGGCUGCUGCUGCACACCAAGGAUUCGACACGAAUGUGCCAGGCUGGCCUUAUUCCUACAAGGAGGCAGCGGAGAUACUUUCGGAUGCAGCGCCUGUCAAAGUCUUGCUCUUCCGUCGAAUUACCAAACUCCAGACACUCGUAUAUCGAGGCGCCGGGCCAGAAUGUCUCGAAGAAGUCGUUCAGAAUUCCCUGCUUGUCUAUCGACACUGGAAUUCCACAUACCGGCGAUUUAUCCUUGACUGCAUGGAUCAUCACUCCCAGCUUCCGCCUCGUAUCCAGUCGUGGUAUGUUGUGCUUGCCGCGCAUUGGCAUCUCGGCGGCAUGCUGCUGGCGGACGGGAUAGAGAGCAUCGACCGCGCACGGAUUAGCUCCGACUCUCAUCGAGAGUCUCGCGAGUCCAUGGACUUGAUUUCAGCGCUGAGGAGAGACAAUGCGGCUGGGAUUGCUGCUCUUGCCCAGUGCUCUCUCCAUUCGCAAGAGUCCGUCAUCCAGCGCCGCCCUGGAUUCCACGAUUCCCUCAACGAGACAGCCUUCUUAACGGAACCGUUUACAGUUCUGCUAAUCCACGCCUUCACCAAAGCGGGAUAUAUCCUCAUUGACAACAUGUGUUUAUCGCAGCGGUUCGUCCAUUGUAAGCUGGACGGAUCGUUUGAGCAACUGCGCCAAAAUUGCGAAUUUUGUAUCCGCUCCCUGUGGUGUCUUGGGAAACAUUCCGACAUGGCAUCUCUAAUGGCCCGAAACUUAAACAUGGUUCGUAGUACAACUAGUGUUGCCCUUCCUUCCAUGCACCGAGUCAAUCCUGCCUAA